AUGGGGGGCAUUUCAUUUCUCUUCGGAACCGUCACAGCUGCGCACAACGCUGAUUGCCUCCGUGAUUUGAGAUGCCAUCUGGACAAAACACCGAGUCUGGAAUGGAUUCGAGAGACGGUCAGUGAGCUGCCCGGCUAUUGGGAUCUUCUAGUCGGAAAGUUACCUGCCAUGAAUGGUUCAUUCCCCGGGCGACAGAUACUGGACGACUUCGACCGCUGGCUUCGACAGGGCUUCAACCCUGAGGAGGAUUCAGUUGCACUGGGCAAUACCGUUCUCCUGCCUUUGGUGGUAAUGGUUGGCUUGACAGAGUUUUGGCAAUAUGUCGAGUCGACGAACGCAGAAUGUGAAGAUCCGCUGCAGGGGUUGCUAACUCGGCUUGGCGUGGACGAAGCAAGCAGUGUUGAGUCCUUUGGCUUGUGUGCUGGGAUGCUGACGGCUUAUGCGGUGGCCAGCAGCCACACUCGCAAAGAGCUGGAGAGAUACGGGGCUGCUGCAGUUCGUCUGGCGAUGAUGAUUGGAGCCGCCAUCGAUGCGCAGGAUGCCUCGCAUGGCCCAGCGAAGUCAUACGUGGCUGCAUGGCGCACCCCAGAACAAGGCGAGCAAUUGAAGCGGACUAUCGACCUCGCAUACAUUUCUGUCUGGUAUGACGAAAGACGAGUGACCAUCACCACCACGGCCCAAUGGAUUCGGUCCAGUAUUCUACGUCAGCUCCAGGGUGCCGGUCUCACCGUCGCUGAAUCGACCAUUCAAGGCCGCCCUCAUUGCCCAGAGACUGAGAGCAAACACAUAGCUGAUGCCAUCUGCGAGCUCUGUGCAGAUACGUCUGCCUUGCAGCUAGCAGAUGUUUCGAAACUUGCUUUUCGGUCCUACACAAACGAUGGCCAUGGAGAUCCUGUGCGCAACAGCAGUCUCCACGAAGUGGCCGUGCGAAGCUCACUAGCGACACAGUGUGCGUGGUAUGACACCUUUUCAGCCCUACCUCUCUCGCAUGAAGAUUCAACCCAGGCGGUCGUUUCGUUUGGGCCUGAUCGCUGCGUACCUCCUUCGUUGGUUGCGUCAAUGGGCGGGAGAUGGACUCAUGUCUCGGACUUGAAUCGCCUUGGUGCUGAUUCUUCUGUUUCUACUGCUGCUGCUGUCACUCCUGCUGCUUCUACCACGUCUACCCCUUCUGCUGCUCCUAUGGCUUCUAAGACUCCGGAGCAGGCUCCGGAGCAGCCGCCCCGGCAAGGCGAGUUCUCACAGUCACCCGAACAUACGAUCGCUAUCGUAGGCAUGUCCCUCAAAACUGCGGGAGCAGAUGAUGUGGAGGAGUUCUCCCGCAUGAUACAGUCGGGUGUAUCCCAGCAUGAGCUGAUAGGACCUGACCGGGUCAAGUUCCAUACGUUGUGGCGAGAGGGAGACUGGGAUCCAUCCUACAAAUGGUACGCUAACUGGAUGCGGGAUAUCGACAGCUAUGAUCACCAAUUCUUCAAACGAAGUCCCCGAGAAGCAGCCAACAUGGAUCCACAGCAGCGACUUGCUAUGCAAGCUGCCUACCAAGCCGUGGAAAAAGCGGGUUACUACACCGCGGACAGAAAUCCCGCGACGAAAAGGAGCCGGCCUCAGAUGGAUACAAAUCAUAUCGGCGUUUAUGUGGGCAUCACCUUGGACGAUUAUCAGAAUCAUGUCAGGUCCCAUCGCGCAAAUGCGUUUUCCAUCACAGGAACCAUGCGCAGCCUCAUUGCGGGCAAGAUUGCUCACCAUUUCGGUUGGACAGGGCCGGCUAUGACCAUGGAUACCGCCUGCUCCUCAUCUGCCGUUGCUAUUCACACAGCCUGUCGAGAUCUGUUAGCUGGUGACUGUACUGCUGCUCUUGCCGGGGGUGCCAACGUUAUCACGGAUCCGCUGGCUUUCCAGGAUUUGGCUGCUGCUGGCUUUCUAAGCCCCUCCGGUCAAUGCAAACCAUUCGAUGACCGCGCCGAUGGUUAUUGUCGUGGAGAGGCGGUGGGUUUUGUCUUUAUGAAGCGGCUCUCUGAUGCACUGGCAGAUGGCGAUCAAAUAUUAGCCUGUAUUGCCGGCUCAGCCAUUUACCAAAACGAGAAUCAUACGCCCAUUUUUGUCCCUAACUCACCUUCCCUGUCCAGCCUCUUCAAGCAUGUUAUGGGGAAAGCACAGGUACAACCGUCAGAGAUCUCUGUCGUUGAAUGCCAUGGGACCGGUACACCAGUAGGAGAUCCUGCUGAAUGGGAAAGUGUACGCUACGCACUGGAAGGGCCCCGCAAGGGUGAUCCGGUGUAUAUUGGAUCCGCCAAAGGGCACGUAGGCCACACUGAGGCCGCGUCUGGUGUAGUGGCACUCAUCAAGGUAUUGACUAUGAUGCAGAGUGGGUAUAUUCCACCCCAAGCCAGUCACUCGCAAUUGAGUCAUCUCAUCCAGCCGUCCGACAUGAUGCAGGUUGCAAGUAGUCAACGGCCCUGGCACUCGACGCGCAAGGUGGCUCUGAUCAACAAUUACGGCGCCAGUGGAUCCAAUGUGGCCAUGGUUGUCACCGAGUUCCCAUCCCCUCGUGCACAGGCAGGCCAGGUCAAGACAGAGGAGAUAACAACUCUCCCCUUCUGCAUUGCAGGGCGCACGGUCAAGAGCGUAAAGGCUAAUUGCGCUCGGAUUCUCCGCUACCUCGACUUUGAUUCCGGAGCUGGCCUUGCUGACCUUUCAUUCAACAUGCAUCGUCAGUUCAAUCGGUCUUUGCCGUACAGAUUUGCGUUUAAAUGUUCCUCUCUCGACGACUUGAGGACGAAAUUAUCUCAGGCGAUAACCGCUUCCCCUGCACCCGGGGCAGAUAUGGACAUUACGACUGUACAGCCCGAUCGACCGGUCAUUCUCUGCUUUGGUGGUCAAGUGUCAAUGGCCAUUGGACUUGAUCGAAAUUUAUAUGACCGGACUCAGAUUCUACGCUAUUACUUGGAUGAGUGUGACGCUGCAAUCCAGUCAUUUGGACUGACAAGUAUCUACCCCGACAUAUUCUCCCAGCAAGCGAUCCAAGAUCAGCAAAAGUUGCAGACCAUGCUUUUUGCCAUGCAGUAUUCCUGCGCAAUGUCUUGGAUGAAGUCUGGCUUAUCCAGUCGAGUCGCCGCAGUUGUUGGCCACAGCUUUGGAGAACUUACCGCCAUGUGCGUCUCGGGGGUCCUGAGUCUGCAUGAUGCCGUGAAACUGGUGGCAGGCAGAGCGAGGUUAAUUCGAGAUUUGUGGGGAUCUGAUCCUGGCGCCAUGCUCGCAGUUGAGGCAGACGAAGAGACAAUACACACCCUGUUAUCAGAGGCUAGCCGAGUGUAUAGCGGUCCCCACCAGGCCAGCAUUGCCUGCUACAACGGUCCUCGGAGUUUCACCGUUGCAGGAUCUCAAGAAGCAAUUCGUGCUGUCACUGACCUUCUCUCCCAAAAGUUCCCUGCCAUUCGAAGCAAAAUGUUGCGAGUCACUAAUGCCUUUCAUUCGAGUCUCGUCGACCCACUAGAAAGGCAGCUGGAGUUACUUGGACAGGGGAUAACUUUCCAGAAGCCGCACAUUCCUCUGGAACGAACAACGGAGACUAGAUCUUCCUUAGAAUCUCUGGGGGCCCACUAUGCGGCCGAGCAGAUGAGACAGCCAGUCUUCUUCCAUCACGCCGUGUGUCGCCUAGGCCAGGAUCACCCUGACUGUAUCUGGCUUGAGGCGGGAUCUAGCUCGACGAUCGCUGUCAUGGCUCAGCGAGCGCUGGAUUCUGACCCGCGGACGUCUCACCACUUCCAGAGUAUCAAGACCAACGACUCCGAUGCUUUCAACAAGCUCAGUGAGGCGACGGUCUCCCUGUGGAAAGAGGGGUUGCCGACGUCGUUUUGGCCGCACAACGCCUGUCAAACCCACGAUUACGCUACCCUGGUUUUGCCUCCAUACCAGUUCGAAAAGCAUAAACAUUGGGUGGAGCUCAAGUCUCCAGUGGAGCUGAUCGAGCAAAUCAAGCAAAGUGUCCUGUUGGAAAACUCCAUCACGCAAGCGAGUCCAAUUGAGGACAUUGACCGGAGAUGGGUGUUUGCUGGAUACAGGGAUUCCAGUAGCCAUGGCAAGAGCCAGCCCUGCUUCCACAUAAACACAGCGUCCAAGGAAUAUCAGGAAUUGGUUCGCAGCCAUGUCGUCACCAACACAGCUGGGAUUUGUUCGGGCAUGUUACAAGUGGAUCUGGCUGUCAGUGCCCUGUUCAGCCUUCAUCCAGACUGGGCCACCAACGGGUUCCGCGCUAGUCUACAUGACAUGGCCCAAUACGUACCAAUCUGUCUCGACUCUUCACGAGUCCUAUCUCUGGAAUUUUCUGAGGAUCGGACAAAUGGCUUCUGGGAUUGGAAAAUAGUAGGGUUGUCCGAAGGUACGCCACACAUUGUCCACACCACGGGGCGCCUGCGAUUGCGGGACCCGAGGGACAAUGCUUAUCAGGCUGAAUUUCGGCGGCUCGGUCGUCUCAUUGACCACCCAAGAUGCUCGGCCCUGCUGAACAUUGGGCCCAGUCAAGAGGACGUGGAAAUACUACAGGGACGCAAUAUAUACAGGGCCUUUCGUGACGUCGUUGACUUCGGGGCACAGUACCGUAGCCUGCGCUGGCUGGUCGGUCGAGGCAAUGAAAGUGCUGGACGCAUUUCUCGGACGCAGCAGAAUGACGCCUGGUUCGAUCAGCUUCGGGGCGAGCAUAUCAGUCAGGUCGGCGGGAUCUGGGUCAAUUGCAUGACGGACCACAGUCCAAGUGAUAUUUUCGUUGGAGCCCAGAUAGAGAUGUGGAUGCACCAUGAAGAAACUGGGGACUACACCACCGAUAGUUUUGUGUUUGACCCUAGCAGCGGAGACCUGAUCGAAGUCUUGCUGGGAGUUCGCUUUACUAGGACUCCCAUCACUUCGUUUAUCCGGGCGUUGCAGCGAAUGACUGCAGAUCAGCCGAUUGGGAAUACUGGGCUAAGCGCACCAACGAUGGCGCAGCCGGCUCCUAUGCCCGAGGUGCCUUCUCAGCCUGUGAUACAGCCACUAAAGACGGCAAACCCCAACUCGCAAAGUGCUAAACACUCGAGCCGGGAUCUUCUCAAAGAGAUGGGUGAGGUUGUGGCCAACCUGGUCGGUGUAGACGCCGAGGAAAUCGGACCAGACGCAAACCUGGCUGACUUUGGCGUCGAUUCCCUUCUUGGAUUAGAAUUACAGGCCGAAAUCAAGACUGCCUUUAACUGUACGCCCGACGAGGUCGAGAUUAUGGGGGCCACGACUCUACGCGAUCUGGUGAGAUGCCUGCCCAUCGCCACGGCCAGUCCGCAACAGGACACUGCCAACGAUGGUAGUCAGUAUCAACCACCAGCUCAAUAUUCUCCGGAUGAGGUUGGUUCGGCAUCGCAGCCCUCAGACCCGUACUGGAGUGGCCCGUCAUCGGAGCACAGCCGGUCGACCUCUACCGGGCCCCCGGAUUUCCUGUGGAGUACUUCGGACAUCUUGGAAUCUUUUUCGGGGACAAAGAAGCUUGUGGACCAGAUGAUUGUGGAACAUGGCCUGGACGAUUUUGACAGGGUCAUUAUCCCAGAGUCGAAUCGAUUGUGCGCAGCGCUUGUGGUCGAAUGUUUCGAGCAGCUUGAAUGUCCAUUACGAAGCGCACAGCCCGGCGAGGUUUUGGACCCGGUACCUUUCCAACCACAGCACAAGAUCCUAAUGAACUAUAUCUACAAUUUCCUAGAAAAGACUAUUGGCCUGGUGGUCGUUGAGGAAAAUGGACAACUUACGCGCACCGCAAAGGCCGCUCCCACAACGAGCAGUGAAGAUAUUCUCGCCGAGCUCGUGGACAACUACCCCAUUCAUGGAGACUUCUUGCGAUUGACAUAUCACGCUGGAAGUCACCUAGCCGAGGCACUGGUGGGAAACACAGAUGGAAAUCGAGUCCUGAUGAGCAAUCCCGAGGGCCGCAGUCUCUGUCAAUCCGUAUACCACAAUUACGUGGUGAAUCGGCUCGGGUUUGAAACAAUGCGAGAUGUGCUCGAACGAGUGAGUAGGCGAAUUCGCACGACGAAAGGCCCACUUCGCGUUCUUGAAAUAGGAGGCGGAACGGGCAGUGCAACAAGCGUAUUGCUACCACUACUGGCCUCGUGGAACAUUCCCGUUGAAUACACCUUCACUGAUCUAUCCUCGUCGCUGGUCGCGCAGGCACGUCGCACGCUCGGGAAGCAGUACCCAUUUAUGAGAUUCGCGGUGCAGGACAUUGAGAAGCCCGUAAGCGAGGAGCUUGCAGGGCAGCAGCACAUUGUCAUAGCGAGCCACUGCGUCCAUGCGACACGCAGUCUGACGGACUCGACACGGAACAUUCGACAGGCCUUGCGACCAGAAGGAUUCCUCAUGAUGUUUGAGAUGCGGGAGGCGUGGCCUGCUCUUGAUCUGACCUUUGGGCUCUACGAGGGCUGGUGGUUGUUUGAGGAUGGACGGACGCACGCCUAUACCUCGCCCGAAGUGUGGCAGCGCAGCCUGACAGCUGCCGGAUAUGGGGCUGUGGAUUGGACGGAUGGGGCGCUUCCAGAGCACAAAUACUACAUGGUGCUGAUUGCUUGUGCGUCGACAGUCCAAGAAAAGUAG